CAGGGAGGUAUGAAGAGAGGGAGGGAGUAAUAUAAGAGAGCCAGGCACAGAGGGAGAGGUGACAGUGAAGAUUAUCCUCUCUUCUCUGCCACUCUCACCAUGUUGGUCCUGCAGAUGUUGACUGUUCUCUCCUUCACUGUUGUCUUCCUGGCAUCUGUGGAAGCCAAAGGCGUGCAGAUGCAGAGGGAUGUCCAGUGCUGCAUGCUGUACUCCCAAGGCAAGGUGCGUACCAAAGAUGUGCUGCGGUUUGAGGUGCAGACGGAGGGGCCCGACUGCAGUAUACAAGCUAUCAUUUUUUACACAAAGAAGGCGGUGAAAUGUGCCGACCCCAGAGAUCGCAAGGUGAAAAGGUUGUUGAGGAAACUCCAGCAGAGGCAAAGAACCAAAGCUCACCGAACCCCGUGGUUCUUCCGCCAUGACAACCUGCCCGUCAUGUCAGAGGACAAGAAGGAUAACUGGGCCAUCCUGAACGUGGAGUGAUGAGGCACGAGGUCCGCAGGAAAACCCGUAGUCAUACGCCAAGUGAAUGUUCAGCAGCUGGUUGUCUUGAUUUGGAAACACUUGCUGACUCUCCAGUCGUCUUGUGUCUCUCUUUCCACUCCGUCUGUCCCUCUGGAACAAGACCUGGGCAGCAAUACAUCCUCGGCUUUAUAUCCUCCACCACGACCUGCGCUGAAAACAUCCUGGAAAUGUGUUGGAAACACUCAUCGGGGUGUUGUUUGUCAGACUGAUCCUUCCAAAAAAUGGCUUAUACUGUUAUUUGUUAUCGUCUGCCUGAAAGCGUCGCCUUCCUCGACAGUGUUACCAUGGUGAUUGAUAGGAAAUCGGUGAAUUUGGUGUCCUGAAAAAAAGCAAAAAAAGAAAGCGUUGACAUUCACGUAGUAGAUCAGCAAGACUUUCUGUGCUUAAUUGUGGCUUAUAUACCUUAACUAUGUAAUAAAACUUCACAGUACACUAAAGUACAUUUGUCACACCUAGUUUGCAGAGCUUCUGGGGGAACCUCACACCUAUUAAGCAGUUUUUCCCUUUUGAUAGUGGUGUCAAGAUUUUAAAAGUCUCGUUCGGGCUAUAUCUAACUGUAUAAUGGACCAGAUCGAAGGUUUUUAUUUGGGUUCACUCUAGCUUUUAAAACAGCAAACAAAGGUUUCUUAUAUAUUAUGUGUGUUGUCCGUACUAACUGUCUAUACAACAUUUUGAUCUUUUUGAAAUUUGACCGUUCAACGUGAAUGCUUGAUCUAAAAAUCCAUUUGCCGUUUGGAUUUAACGCUUGUCCGUCACCAAACUAUGCCAAAGUAUUCAUGAGUCCAUCCUUCACAUGACAAGGCUGUUAUUCUUAGAGGGCUCUGGUGUGUUUCACGCACACGCAUUGUAUUGUAGAAGAAUGCAAUGUAUUUCAAGUGAAAUAUUUUAUAAAUUUAUCUAAAAUAU